AGCGAAGAGAAUUAGAGUCACGUGAGAGCAUCAAACGGUUUUUGCGGGCAGUUCAAAUGAAGGACGAUUUUAGUUCGGUCGUAAACUCGUGGAAUCUUUGAUCUAACAGCGACAAACCAACUCCAAAAACGCCAAAUAAUGGAUAUCGACAGUCCAAGUGAAAACACCGUUCAAGAGGUGGCGAAUGCGGGUUCUUUAAAAGAUCGCAGCGUUCAGAUGAUUAAAAACGAACUUGUGUCUUGUCUGGAGAACUCAAUGGAGAAUUUACAAAAGAUUUGGAAUGAGAUAGGUAUCGCUGACGAGCAGAAGGAAGACAGAACUCAAGUUGUUUUGAAGCACCUACAAUCUUUGCUCCAGGAAAUGGUUGAGGAGGAAGAAUUACUAAAAAAUACACUCCUUGCAAAUGUGAAAACCUGUACUGAAGAGCUAGAAAAGCUUAGCCAAGAGCUUGGAGUCCCAUACCCUCAGCUGGAUCAAUCUCAAACUAUCUUGAGACUUGAAAAUGAUUUGAGGACAAAAGUGGAUGAGCUGAAAAUGGAGAAACAUGAAAGAAUCAAAGUACUGAAGGUGUUAAGGGAUACUGAGAGGCAACUUUGUGAUAGACUCCGCCUACCAUCACACAACAUUGGAGAUGUUGUUGUGCCAAACAAAGAGCAAAUGAGAGAGCUCGAAGCUAACAUUGAUUACCUACAAAAACAACUGCAAAAGCGAACAGAUGAGUUUAUCAGAAUGAAAGCAAGCAUCCAAGGAAUGUGGACAAGCUUGGAAUAUAGGCCACAAACAGCACUUGAGAAGAAAAUGGUUGAGCCAAAUUCAGAGUCCCACUUUGAGCUUUCCGCAGUCAAUCUUGAUGCCCUCAAAGUGCUCCAGUUAGAGCUUGAACAACAACAAAGAGCAAAUUGUGAAACUGCGGCCAAGCUUCUGGAUGACUGUAAAUCAUUGUGGAAAAAACUAGAAGUGGAUGAGGAGGAACAAGAGGCAUUUACUGCCAAGUGGAAAGGAUUCAAACCAUCCACAAUUGCAGCUAUGAAAGAUGAGAAGCAAAGACUCCAGGCGCUCAAACUCCAACACAUGCAGAAAUUCAUCGAGGGUUUAAGGGAGGAACUUGUGUCUUUUUGGGACAAAUGUUAUUAUGGAGAAGACCAGAGGAACACAUUCGUUCCUUUCUUUGACACCAACUUCACGGAGGAGCUUUUGGCAAUACAUGAACACCAAGUGGAGGUGAUGAAAGGGUUCUUUGAAGAGAACAAGCACAUGUUUAAGAUGGUGGAGAAACGGGAAACCAUGUUCAAAAAGAUGGAAGAACUAGAGCUGAAGCAAAAUGAUGUCAAUCGUUUCUCAAACAGAGGAGGUGCUCUGCUGAAGGAAUGCCGCUCCAGGCGUGUCUUGGAGAAGGAAUUGCCCAAGCUUGAAAAAGAGCUCCGUACGGAGAUUGCCAAGUGGGAAGAGGAGAAUGAGCAACAGUUCAUGGUUCACGGGACGCGAUACGCCGAGCUCAUGGAACAACAAUGGGAGAACUUAAAGAUACAGAAAGAACAAGUUAAACAAGAACGGCACAAGCGAAAUGAAGAAAUCAUGAAAGAGGAGCUGGUCUUCGGUAGUAAACCUGUUACGCCCAAGAAAAGGAGAUUCAUUGGUACCACUCCAACAUCACGAACGCCAUCGAAAAUUAGAAAGGGCGACACUACAGCAACGCCAGGCAGACUCGUCUCAAUGUGUAGAUCUCCCAGGGUGGGUAAAAUCGCAUCCAUCUGCCAGUCUCCUAAAGUCGGCAAAGGAGGCCGCCCUCCCAUCGGUAGCAGCACCAAGAAAAAGGAGGUCGUUUCAAAAAGGACUCCUCGAAGAAUCUCGGCUCGUCUCCGGGCAAGACGACAGGUCCUCGGAGAGUCGUCGGUACUCAACAUAAGCAGUAAGACCGGGGUGCGCAAGGCCGGAAAUACAUCGAUCGUGGUCGGCUCCAAGACGACCAGCAAAAAAGAUGUGUCCCUCAUGUCCGUCGCGGAUUACGCCGAUUUCGCUGUUGGUUUGGAAAACCUGGUGCAAGAGAAGAACAACAAAUGUCGGAGCAGUCUUGCCGGGGGCUUGCCCUCUCCGGUGGCCGGGCCGUCUUGUAACUACUAAAAUAUAGAGAGAAUUUACCAUUUUAACAUGUAUGGUUUUAAGCAAUGAGAAACCCGCGCAUAAGAGUUUGGCUAAGAAUCUCAAAUAAUUUUGUGGCGCGAGCCGGCGUCAAGUUACUGGCGUCAUGGAUUUAAAUAACCCUUUUAUUGUGAGAUAGGUUCUUGUGCUUCACAGAUCUUGGCGAUGAUAAUUGUCAAAAGGCCAGAUAAUAAAUAUAGUGUAAAUACAAUUAAAAUAUGAGUAGGAUUUAACAGGUAGAUGUACCACUGAUGAUUUUCUUUUUUACAACAUACUGUAUACGAAUGCUUUCUUUUCAUUUAAUUAAGUUGUUUUUAGUUGUGCGUUAAACUUAAGUUUCAAUGUAAAUAGCACUACAUCUCCAAAAGAGUAAAACUAAUUUUAAAAUGAGA